GACAUCAACGCCAAGGACGCUUCGGGCGCGACGCCCCUCAUCUACGCCGCGCGCGCGGGCCACGUCGAGACCAUCCAGUACCUCGUCGACAACGGCGGCGACGUCUCCGAGGCCGGCUACGGCGGCCUCCUCCCGCUGCACCACGCGAUCAACCACAUGAGAGAGCCGACGUGCACGCUCCUCCUCGACCUCGACGCGAACCCCAACGCCGGCGACGAGCACGGCGCCACGGCCCUCCACUUCGCCGCCAUGGCGGGCGCGCUCAACGCGCGUUUUCCCGGCGCCCGCGUGCUCGUGCGGCUCAUCGAGAAGAACGCGGACGUCAACGCGGCGACGAAGACGGGCACGGUGCCCCUCCACCGACGGUUUCUUUUUUUUCACGUUCAACGUCGACCCAGGUACGGCGCGGAGCUCGACGCGCAGGACGCGUCGGGCAACACGGCGCUCCACUACGCGGCCAUGAUCGGCUUCCCGACCUUCGUCAACGCCCUCCUCAAGAACGGCGCG